GAUAAUAACAAAACAGUGAACAAAAUUGAUCAUGUACUGAAUUAAUAUAAACUUGGUAUAAAACUUAUUUGUUUGUAAUAAACUAUCCAUACAACUUACUCCAUUCAUUAACAACAUCGUAAAAACAUCACCAUGGGCUUAUUAAACACUGGUGCAUUGGCGGGCAAAACAAUAUUCAUAACGGGUGGCAGUCGUGGUAUAGGGAAAGCCAUAGCCGUCAAAGUGGCCAAAGACGGGGCAAAUGUUGUGAUCGCCGCCAAAACAGCCGAAAAACAUCCCAAACUCGAGGGCACUAUCUAUACGGCCGCCGAAGAGGUGGAGGCCGCGGGCGGUAAAUGCCUGCCCAUACAGUGCGACCUCCGGGACGAGGCUCAGGUGCGGGCGGCCAUCGACGCGGCUGUCAAACGGUUUGGCGGUUUGGACGCACUCGUCAACAACGCCAGUGCCAUCAGUCUUACCGGCACCGAAGCGACC